AUGAGUUGGCGUGCGCAGAUCUCCCGAAGCAUUCAGGAGCUUCGUUUUGUCGCCUGUGAUACUUCACAAAGCAGUGCUGGCUUACGCGCUUUUUUCCACAAGAAUUACGAGGAACUAAAGAUGUUGAACCCAUUUACACCAUUUGUCUACCGUGAAGCAGAAGAAAUGGAGCCAUUUGUGUACGCACGCUUUGAUUGGGGCGUCGAGGAGAAAGUACCAGUGCCUAACAUGACCGACAAGGAGGUCCUUUUAGUACUCAAGGACCUUGUGGAUCACGGUCUGACGCUGCCGAAAUCACCCGAGAGUGACAUUCUAGUGGCUGCCCCUAUUAUUGAGGCCGAUAAAGGUGAGGAUGCUUACGAACCUAUUAAUCUCACGUGGGAUGGCAAGACGGUGCGUCGUAAUCCAGAUUUUGACAUUCCGCUGGAGGAGGCUCUCAAGCCUAAAGAGACAGAUUAA